AUGUCGGAGAAUUCAAAUUCAGCAGGAGAUACUGCGUCUUGUCCAGUAAACCAUUCGUCAUGGUUUUCUAUCUUUACACCUAAACCUUCUGUAGAACCUAAAAACCCUGUAACACUUCAAUGUCCAGCAGACAACCGAAACAACCUUGAAGUAUCUCCUGAAUUUGCAAAAAUUAAUAAAAAUGAAGGUUGUUCGAGUGAAACCUUAAAUAAUUAUAAUAAAUCACUUCAUUCCGAUCAAAAAUCUUCAUCGGGUCAACGUAUUCCCCUUGAAACAACGCGUCAGGUAUCCAGCAUUCCACGUACAUUCUCUGAUAGAGAUAAAAAUAGAACUAAAGAAAACGAUAUAAUAGAAAAAUGGAUAUAUCCUUCAGAACAAAUGUUUUUUAAUGCAAUGAAACGUAAAGAUUGGGAUCCUCAAGAAGAAGAUAUGCGUGUUAUUGUACCAAUACAUAAUGCAGUGAAUGAGAAAGCAUGGCAAGAAAUAUUAGAAUGGGAAAAAUUACAUGAAAAGUAA